AUAUCGAGAGACUAUUCAGAGAGUAAAGCCAAAAUAUUAGAGAGAGAGAGAACUAUUUUUAUAAGAGGGGGAGAGAUUUUGAGUAGUGCGCCACAAGCGCGCUCGAUUUCGAUUUCAGUCUUUUUCAAAUUUAGGUUUUUUUUGGCUCCCUCUUUUAUUCUUCAUGGUCUAUUUUGAUUUGGUUUUGAGUUCUUCUCAUUCUCAAACCCCAAAUCUCUUUCUCUCUCUUAUUUUUCUCUCUCUAGGGUUUUGGAUUGAUUCCUGUAACGAAUUCUAGGGUUUACAAUUGGUAUGUUCGUUAGCUUUCUCUAUUUGGAUUGAAAUUUUUGGGAAGAAGAGCUAUGGUUAGAAUCGCGAAAAGGGAGCCAAGUAGUAGUAGCGGUGUUGGCAGUAGAAGAAGUAACAGCACAGCGAACGAUGAAGCAGGUCCAAGUGAUUCGCCACCUGAAGUUGUGGCAGAACGCAGAGUUCUUCGAUCCCGUUAUCUUGCUGUGAAGAAUCUGAUUAUCGACGAAAGAGAUGAUAUAUCAAAGUUUGACUCUGAUAAGUUCAAAUCGAUCAUCAAUGAAGUGGAAAGCUUGCAUCAGCUUGUACAAAAACCAAGAGAACAGGUUGCAGAUGCUGAGGCUCUGUUGGACAUUACAAACACCUUGGUGACCUCUGUUAAGGCUCAUGGUAAUGAAGGAGUUACCCCUUCAGAUUUUGUUAGCUGUCUGCUGAGGGACUUUGGGCAACAAGGUGGAGUGAGCAGCACAGAGGGUGCUGGGAUAUCAAUGCAAUGGAAGGAUAUUGGUCUUGCAGUUUCUCAUGUUCUCAGGAGGGUUCCUGGAUGCUGCACAAUGCUUGGACCUAUGAAUACUGAACUCAAGCAACGGAAGGCUGUUGUUCAUAGAAAACGGUUGAGGCCAACAGAAAGUGCUAGGCCUGAAGAGCUUGAUAAUACUGCAGCAGAAGAGCAAACAGACACCGAUAAAAAUAUGGCAACUAUGUUUGAUAUCUUAAGGAAGUAUAGGAGGGUGAAGCUUGAAAAUUUAGUGUUGAACAGAAACUGUUUUGCGCAGACGGUGGAAAAUUUAUUUGCUUUGUCAUUUCUUGUCAAAGAUGGACGAGCAGAAAUAACAGUCAAUGAUAAAGGCUGCCAUAUAGUUUCACCAAGGAACGCUCCUGCUUCCAGUGCAGUCAUCUCAGGGGAGGCUUCUUACAAUCACUUUGUUUUCAGAUUUGACUUCAAGGACUGGAAGUUGAUGACCUCUUCUGUUGAGGUUGGGGAGGAGCUAAUGCCAAAUAGGAAUCAAGUAGACAUGUCAAGUAAUUCUCAAACAGAUGAUGAUGUACCUGAAGAAACUCAAACAGCUGCACCUACCACUCCUAUUAGAAAAUUGUCUAGGAAUCGUGGCCUUGUUUUGCAAGAACAGGCAGUUGUUGAAGAUUCUCCUGAAAGUGAUGAUCCUGCAGCAGCGAGGGCUCUAGCUAUUCGGAAGGGCAAGCGUAAGCUUAGAUGAGAUAUUUAGAGCCUUUUUCUCCAUUCUUAUUUUUGUACAAGGGAAACUAUAAUUAAUGUUAGGCUUAUUUAGUUUUGUACAUUGAGGAUCAUUUGUGCACAUUACAGUCCCUCUGAAAUCUCUUGUUUGGUAGUAUUUUGGAAUAGUCCAAAAGACUUUGAUUUCA